AUGUGUGGUAUAUUUGGGUAUUGUAAUUUUUUGGUUGAGAAGUCUCGAGGGGAGAUUGUGGAUACGUUAGUGGAGGGGUUACAGCGGUUGGAGUAUCGUGGAUAUGACAGUACUGGUAUUGCUAUUGAUGGGGAUGAUGAGGAUGAGACAUUGAUUUUUAAGCAGAUUGGGAAGGUUUCUGCUUUGCAGAAGGAGAUUGAGAAGCAUAAUCCUAACCGGGACGUGCAUUUCGUGACACACUGUGGUAUUGCUCAUACGAGAUGGGCGACGCAUGGUGAGCCAAAGCAGGUGAACUGUCAUCCGCACAGAUCUGAUGUGACGUGUCAGUUUGUUGUUGUGCACAAUGGUAUUAUCACGAACUACCGUGAUUUGAGACAGUUGUUGACGAACAAGGGGUACAAGUUUGAGUCGGACACGGAUACUGAGUGUAUUGCGAAGUUGUUCAUGCACAUUUACCAGACGAACUUGAAGAAUGGGCACGAUCCGGAUUUCCACGAGUUGACGAAGCAGGUUUUGCAAGAGUUGGAAGGGUCUUACGGUCUCUUGUGUAAGUCUACGCAUUACCCUAAUGAGAUUAUCGCUACGAGAAAGGGUUCUCCGUUGUUGAUUGGUGUGAAGUCUGAAAAGAAGAUGAAGGUUGAUUUUGUGGACGUUGAGUUCCCAGAUUCGGAGCAAAUGCCCGACGUUCCUGUGAACAACGAGUGCAACUUGUUGAACGAUGCCGAGAGAAGCUUGCUUCCCUUGGCGGGCAACGAGAGCACUUUGCGUAGGUCGCAGUCGAGAGCUUUCUUGAGUGAGGAUGGGUCUCCAUCGCCGAUCGAGUUUUUCUUGUCCAGUGACGCAGCCUCGAUUGUGAAACACACCAAGAAGGUGCUAUUUUUGGAAGAUGACGACAUUGCACACAUUUACGACGGAGAGUUGCACAUCCAUAGGGCCACGAACAAGUUGAACGAGUCGGCCACGAGAUCGAUCCAGACCUUGGAGAUGGAGUUGGCCCAGAUCAUGAAGGGUCCUUACAAGCAUUUCAUGCAAAAGGAGAUUUACGAGCAACCGGAGUCGACGUUGAACACGAUGAGAGGUAGAAUCGAUUUCGAGACCAACACAGUCACGCUUGGUGGUCUAACGUCGAGGCUUCCAGCGAUCAGAAGGGCGCGCAGGCUAAUAAUGAUUGCGUGUGGUACGUCGUACCACUCGUGUCUAGCGGCAAGGGCAAUUUUCGAAGAGUUGACCGAGAUCCCCGUUAGCGUCGAGCUUGCGUCCGAUUUCUUGGACCGUAGGGCCCCCAUUUUCAGAGAUGAUGUUUGCAUUUUCGUUUCGCAGAGUGGUGAAACCGCUGAUACGAUGCUUUCGUUGAACUACUGUCUCGAGCGCGGUGCUCUCACGCUUGGUAUAGUGAACAGCGUUGGUUCUUCGAUCUCGAGGGGCACCCAUUGCGGUGUGCACAUCAACGCUGGUCCCGAGAUUGGUGUUGCGUCUACGAAGGCAUACACAUCCCAAUUUAUUGCAUUAGUCAUGGUUGCUUUAUCGCUAUCGGACGACAGGUUGUCCAAGUUGGAGCGUCGGAAGGAGAUUAUCCAGGGGCUCAAGUUGAUCCCUGAACAGAUCAAACAGGUGUUGAAGCUCGAGUCCCAAGUGAAGGAUUUGUGCAGCAACGAGUUGAAGGACCAGAAGUCUCUCUUGUUGUUGGGCAGAGGGUACCAGUUUGCCAGUGCGCUUGAAGGUGCGCUAAAGAUCAAGGAGAUAUCGUACAUGCACUCGGAAGGUGUCUUGGCAGGUGAGUUGAAGCACGGUGUGCUAGCGCUAGUGGACGAGAACUUGCCCAUCAUUGCGUUUGGUACCAGGGACUCGUUGUUCCCCAAGGUGCUAUCGUCGAUCGAGCAAGUCACUGCAAGAAAGGGCCACCCAAUCAUCAUCUGCAACGAGAAUGACGAAGUAUGGGAAGCCAAGAAGAAGAACAGCAACGGCAGUUUGGUCACUCUUGAAGUUCCACGUACCGUUGACUGUUUACAAGGACUACUAAAUAUCAUUCCAUUGCAGUUGACCUCUUACUGGUUGGCAGUCAACAACGGCAUCGACGUUGAUUUCCCAAGAAACUUGGCCAAGUCAGUGACCGUGGAGUAG